AUGACAGCGCUUAUGCAUAUCAUACGCCAUGGCGAAGCACUGCACAAUGUUCAGCGCGGCUAUCCGCACCGAGAUCCGCCGUUGACGAAAGCCGGCAACGUCUCCACCAAACGCGUCAAUCUCACUGUUCAGCCAGAUCUGAUCCUCAUUUCGCCGAUGACCCGCACCAUAGAAACUGCGAUGAACAUGUUUCCAUCCUUGACAGAGGCAGGUCCUUUCCACAUCCCCGUUCAGAUCUGGCCCGACCUUCGAGAAGCCAACGAUGCCGUCUGCAACAAGGGUUUGUCACGAAAAGAGCUAGCGUCAAAGUUUCCACCAUUCGACUUCUCCGAGUGCAAUGAAGAGUGGGAUUAUCCCGAGCAUAGCAUCGAAGGCGCUACUGAUCGUGCUGAGAGAGUAAGAAGAAGACUUAAAGAUAUUUCUGCGACGUAUAGCAACAUCGCUAUCAUCACGCAUCGGGGUAUCAAGGCUUUCCUCGUGAAGGGCAAACGCUUUGGACUAGCUGAGACGCGUUGCUACCGCUUUGCUACGGAUGAAGAAGCCCAAAGCGACAACAUUAGGCGAGGAAUCAAUAGUGAUACGCUCGAGGAGCAGGACUUUGGACCCACAGUAUUGAUCUUGGAAGAAUCGCAGCGAAAGGCUCCGUAA